UCUUUCCUUUAAGCUAGCACAGCAAGCAUUUUUGCUGGUACAUUCCAGAUAUUUGAAAACAUUUUAAAAAACUCUGCAAAAUACUUUACUAAAUGGCCGAUACCAAGCUAUAUGAUUUAUUAGGGGUUUCCAGACAUGCCUCCGAUGCUGAAAUUAAAAAGUCAUAUCGAAAACUAGCCAAGGAAUACCAUCCAGACAAAAAUCCAACUGAAGGAGAAAGGUUUAAGGAAAUAUCUUUUGCUUAUGAAGUAUUAUCCGAUCCCAAGAAAAGAGAGAUCUAUGAUCGUUCAGGAAUCAAAGGCAUUCAAGGAGGCGCUGAUGCUGGCUUUGCUGCAGAUGACCUCUUUUCACAGCUCUUUGGGGGAGGCCUGUUUGGAAUGGGUAUGGGAAUGGGUGGCAGCAGAAGGCGGAAAAGAGGAGAAGAUACCAUUUACCCUCUAAAAGUUACUCUUGAAGAUUUAUAUAAUGGCAAGACAUCCAAAUUGAACCUUAACAAAACAGUCAUAUGCAAAACCUGUGAUGGAUUAGGUGGCAGACCUGGUGCCGUGAACAAAUGUACUGUUUGCCAAGGUCGUGGAAUAAAGGUAUCUUACCGCCAGUUGGGUCCAGGCAUGGUGCAGCAUGUUCAAACUGCUUGUCCCGAGUGUAAUGGAGAAGGAGAAGUUCUUAAUGAACGAGAUCGAUGUAAGGUAUGCAAAGGUAAGAAGAUAGUCCAUGAAACAAAACGAUUAGAAGUUCAUGUUGACAAAGGCAUGCAAGAUGGGCAAAAGAUUUUCUUCAGAGGAGAUGGCAAUCAGCAGCCUGGUGUGGAACCUGGUGAUGUCAUCAUCGUGCUUCAGCAGCUCCCCCAUGAGAAGUUCGUCAGAGACGGCCAUGACCUCCUGAUGCCUCACACCUUGACCCUAACUGAAUCUUUGUGUGGAUUUUCUAUGGUUAUCAAACAUCUGGAUGGUAGAGACCUUGUCAUUAAACAUGGCCCGGGAGAUGUCAUUGAACCAGGUUCUGUAAAAGGUGUGGUUUGUGAAGGUAUGCCAAUCUACAAAAAUCCCUUUGAGCGAGGAAAUUUAUAUGUCAAGUUCAGUGUCACAUUUCCAGAAAACCACUUUGCUGAUGCAGAAACAAUUAAGGCAUUGGAAUUACUGCUGCCUGACCGACCUCCUUUCGAAAUGCCCACUGGGGAGAAUGUAGAAGAGGCGGAUCUCCACGAUUAUGAUCCCGAUGCUCACAGGGGGGCCAGCAGCAGUCGCUCAGAAGCCUACGAUUCAGAGGACGAAGACAGACACCGUGGGCCUGGAGUGCAAUGUGCGCAUCAAUAGAAAUUCGCACUCAUACCUUAGAACUUGAAAAAAUUUAAUGAAAUUGAGUUUUUUAGGCUCUGCCCUAACGAAGUAAAUGCUGGGGUGAUUCUGUUUCAAAAUUUUCUAAAAUUAUUUGUUAUGUAGGCUCUAAAAGAAAAACAGCCAUUAAUACCAACGAUUAAAAUAAUAAAAGUUUUUUAAAAUUACAGCAAAAUACUCAUUGCAAAUAUGAGCUGUUCAGAGCUUAAGUGGAUCAAAUCAAAAACUUUCUGAAUUAAAACUAAAUUGAAAUGAAUAUUUAGAAUUUCCUUUCUUGACUUUUCCAAUAAUUACCCGUAUUUAUGCUGGUUUUUAUACUACAACAGUAAAGAAAAAGUAUUGUCAAAAUCACUAAAUCUUGAUAUUUUGAGAACUAGAAUUUUUGAACUUGAUCCACUUUAGCUCUGAGCACCUCUUAUACUUAUGUUGUGUCAAAAGACGCUGUGAAUUAGUGGAAAUUUUCAACCGAAUCACCCCUGAGUAAAUGGAAUGCUACUCUCCUUAUUUAUAUUAUUUUUCUUUCAAAUCGGCGCGCAGUCGGAAACAUUUGUAUGAUAGUCUUCUGAAUCUAUAUAUAUGUUGCAAAACUUUGUGGGAUAUGUUCUGUAUUAUUGGAAAGUUAGUAGUUAGGAAAAGUGAGUGUUGCUGUACGAUAUAUGAAAGUAGUUUCUGUACAGUUUGAAUCGCAAUGUUUUCUUAAUACUCAUUAAAAGCACUUCAUAUAUUUAAACUGUCUUUUCUGUUUCAUUUGUUAAAACUGCAGUCUUAUUGUUGCAAGUAGCAUAUUUAUCCGAUUCAUUGUAUUUUGUUGGAAACUUUUUCAUGUGAAAUGGACAAAAAUAUUUAUAUAAUGGAUGUGUAUUUUAAAAAAAUUGUAAAAAGAGAAUUCAAAGAAUCAUUUUUGGAUGGUAUUACCUUUUAAGUCUUGUGUUUUUAAAUUAAAAAAUGAAUUGUAAUUGA